CACCAGUUGUAAGCAGCAUUUAUUCUGUCUGAAGCUAUUUUUUUACAGUCUAUGGUCUGAAACUGAUAUUAUGGAUCAGUACUCAUUGGUGAGAGUCAUUGGCGAAGGAUCUUUUGGUCGAGCUCUCUUGGUUCAGCAACUAAACGAAGAGAAACAAAAUUAUGUGAUGAAGGAAAUACGACUGCCAAAGGCUGAGGCUGGGAUGAGGAACAGCAGAAGAGAAGCAGUGCUUCUGUCCAGAAUGAAGCAUGCGAACAUUGUGGCAUUCAAAGACUCUUUUGAAGCUGAUGGUCAUCUGUACAUUGUGAUGGAGUUCUGCAGUGGUGGAGAUCUUCUUCAAAGGAUACGGCAACAAAAAGAUGUUCUGUUCUCAGAGGACGUGAUCCUGAAGUGGUUUACACAGAUGUGUCUAGGCACCAAACACAUUCACGACAAGAGAGUACUUCACAGGGACUUAAAAUCAAAGAACAUUUUCUUGACAGACGGUGGAACUGUGAAGGUGGGGGAUUUUGGUUCGGCUUGCACUCUUAACAGUGCAAAAGCAUUCGCUCAGACCUAUGUGGGUACUCCGUAUUACGUGUCCCCAGAGAUAUGGGACAACAAACCUUACAAUAAUAAAAGUGACGUCUGGUCUCUUGGCUGUGUCUUGUAUGAACUUUGCAGCCUCCAACACCCGUUUCAGGCUCGUAGCUGGAAGAGUCUGAUCUUGAAGGUGUGUCGAGGGACGUACGCACCCUUACCCAGUCACUUCCCCUAUGAGCUGCACUACCUCAUCAAACACAUGUUUAAGACUAACCCCAGAGACAGACCCUCAGUACACACAAUCCUCAGCUCUCACCGCGCGUCCCGACUGCUGCAGAAACACCUGACGCCAGAGAAAAAAGAACUGGUGGGAGAACGAACACGCCAUUGGAGAAAAGAGGAAGGAGAGAAAGUGGCCAUGUUUUUAGGCCAGAAGAGUUUAUUGACCACAUCUACCACUGAAGGAGCUUUGCAAGCAGGACAGUCCCGUAUGGAAAACAACAGCAGCGAUGACCCAGCUUCUCGUAAGAGGUGGGCAGUCGGAUCGUGUAAUACAGUGCUGGGGGUCCUGGGAAAUGCUGACAUCAUUUCCACUGGUAGCAUGGACACUGCAGAACGGCCUGACCUCAUUUCAGAGGCCGAGAGUGUGGAGACCCAGCGGAGACGAGUGAGGAAACAAUGGGACAAAGAUCCACCGGAGAGACUCCUGAGCGUUCUGGAGAAAGCACAGCUCUGCUAUGGCUUUGAGACGUACUCUAUACACAGAGACGCAGGGUCUUCAAGCCCAGAGCCUGGAGACAAAGUGGACGGCCCUGAGGAGACGAUCACAGACUUCAGUAGACUGGAGCCGCGCUCAGACGAUGAAGACACGGAUUUUGAAGAGGAGUGUCCGUAUGACUGGAUAAAUGAACUAGAGAAGAUGGUGGAGGAACACUAGCAACUCAAGUGUGUUAUUGUACAUGUAAAUAUGUUUUAUUUGUAUUCGAUUUUGAGGAUUCUGACAUGAAAGACAUAAGAGACUGUCGCGAAAAUAUAACAGUAAAGUGAUUUCUAAUUCCAA